CCUGGCCCGCUCAGCCUAUUCACGAGUCACGGGUCAGUGACUCAGUGAACAAAUCUAUCCUCCUCGCCUGACCGAGUGCCGACUCUGCCGACAUAGAACGGAGGGAGCGCUGGUCGGCCAUGGCUUUAGAAACCUACGCCUCACAGACCACUGACAAAAUCCACACCGACGUUCUUCUUCAGGCGAGACAAACUUGUUACAAGGCUCGUGAUGCGUUUUACGCAUGUUUGGAGAAGGAAUCGAACAAGAAACCCACCGAAAUCGCCACGGUUGGCCUCCUGUACCCGGUGGAAUGCAGCGGCUCUAGGGCUGAGUUUGUGAAACACUGUCGACCCAGCUGGGUGAAGCACUUCGAUCGAGACUACUGCUCAAAGAAGAGGGUAAGGAGGCUUUUGGAUGAUAAUGAGUCCAGGAGAGGUCCGUUGUCUCUUCCACAGCCUUACACUUUCAAACCCACCAGCAGUUGAUCCAUUUUUCGAACUUUUGUUUUCUAGGGAUGUGAAGGAUUUGACAAAAACUGUUUUCACAUUUGGAAAUGUUGAAGGCAGCUGAACUUCAAAUUUUCAUUGCACUGGUGGAAUCAUUCGUUAAUGGCGUUUUGGCAUUUCCGUGACUACAUAAUCCUUGAGCAUACAAGUUGUUAUUCUAGAGCUAGAAGUAUGUGACUUAUAUUUGUAGGGAUGUGAAGGAUUUGACAAAAACUGUCAUGUUUGAAAAUGUUGAAGAAAGCUGAACUUCAAAAUUUGGUUGCACUGGUGGAAUCGUUCAUUGUCGUUUGUGAAUAUAGUUGUAUUUUUAAAAUGCCUUGAAAGAAGGCCAGAUAAGCUCUUUCUGUAUUAUAUCAACAUCUAUUAGGUUUCAUCCAUUGCGAUGGCUUGGAUUGCCUUUAAAUGCCCAGUUGCACCUUUCCAUUUUUGGUGUAUAAAAAUUCUUCAUAAGCCAUGUGACAUAAUAUAUACUUUAAAAUCGAGUUGAAUGUCCAAUGUUAGCUGGAGAACUUAUAAAUGUUGAAGCCAGAAGGUUAUGGUCCUA